CCCCGAUCGAUGCUCGUAUUCGAUUUUGACUCACCCAGUAAAAUCUGCUUAUAACACACGACAACCUCGCUCAACACCUCCGACGACCAUCUUGCGCAGAAAACCUGAUAACUGCAGCCGUCUUUGCAAUCAUCAUAAUCAAUGUUCACUUUCCGCCCAGUCAACCCCCCACGCCAUGUGCUGGUUACAAGCACCACGGUUCUAGGGCUCGGCCUCUACGUCUCGCUGUUUCGCACCUCGCCCUUGAAACACCUCACUGGACACGAAGUCUUCGUGCCAGCCCCUUCUACCCGUCGAAUCGCGGACACCAAUGCCCUCCUCGGUGUCGUAGCAUGUGCCCUACAGCUACCGUAUUUCCUGAGCUCGUACAUGCCCAUUGAGGAAAAUCAGUGGCUGCACGUCACUGUGCCGAUUCGACUGUUUGUCUCCACUGCUUUAGGUGUGAAUCUCCUCUUACGCGCGCGCCGCAUGAGUGAGGAGGGCUUUUGGGAGUUUUUGGCGCUGGGAGUUACGGAUUUUGUGGGUGCUGUGAUGCUUGGGUGGGAGUUGGGGAGGUUUGAUGGGAUGGUGUUGGGAUUUGAGUAAUCUCGAGGCCUAGAGCGGGUUUCUUCAAAUGUGAGAUGGCUGGUAUGUGGCAUAGUGGGUUAUUAGUGAUUGAAUCCGUUGAUAUCAUUGCUUUGUAC